UAUAUUUUUAAUACAAUUAAAAUCAAAAUUUAGAUAUAGUAUUGUAUAAAUGAAAAUGAAAUAAUAAUGAACAAUCAAUGGAAAAAAUAUCUAUUUUGGUUUGCUCAAGAACACAUUGAUUUUCGUAAAGCUGAGAUGGAAUCUAUUCUUAAUAUAUUUGGCAUGAAUAUGUAUAUCUAUCCUAAAUUAAAAGAACAUCCAUAUUGGAUAGUUAAUUUACCUUCAGAAAAUAUAGCAAACAAAAUUUCAAGCAGAGCAGUCUCUGUACGGUUUUGCAUAGAAUUAUGGGCUAAUAGUAAAACAAUUGAAGAUUUGCAUAGUAAGUUAAAAAAUUAUCCAAUAUCAGAAAUUAAUAAAUAUGCCGGACCACAUAAAUCUUUUAAAAUAAUAGUUGAAACAUUUUGCAAACAUUUUUCACAAAGUGAAAAAAUAAAAAAAAUUGAUUCUUUCAGUUAUUUACCAUUAGAGGGACCAGUAAGAUUGAAUAAUCCAGACACAACAUUAUGUUAUAUAGAAUUUUAUGGAUUAGAUCCUAAUAACAUUCCUGAAAAACCUUAUGAAUUAUUCUUUGGUAGAUGGAUUACAAGUGGACAAAGAAAUUUAAUUCAAAAAUUAUCCCUGAAAACAAGAAAAUUUAUUGGUAAUACAUCUAUGGAUCCUCAAUUAUCAUUAAUAAUGGCUAAUCAAGCUCAAAUUCAAAAAGGAGAUAUUGUUCUUGAUCCAUUUGUUGGUACUGGAUCUUUAUUAGUUGCUGCUUCACAUUUUGGAGGAUAUACUUUAGGAACAGAUAUAGAUUUUUUAAUGCUCCAUGGUCGUACAAGGCCUAGUAGAAUAUCACAAAAAAUUCGAGGAAAAGAUGAAAAUAUUGCCACAAAUAUGAGUCAAUAUGGAAAAAGAUCAUAUUAUAUUGAUGUAGUUGUAUCAGAUUUUUCUUAUCCUUUAUGGCGUUCCGAUAUGUGUAUAGAUGCUAUAAUUACUGAUCCACCUUAUGGUAUAAGAGAAGCAACAGAAAGAAUAGGUACAACUAAAUUAAAUCCAGUAAUAGAGGAACAUCAAGCUUCAUCUCAUAUACCAUCUAAAAUUGGUUAUGAUUUACCUCAAAUGUAUAAAGAUUUACUAACUUUUGCAGCUAAACAUCUUAAGUUAAAUGGUAGAUUAGUAUGUUGGUUUCCCUUAUUUAGAGAUCAAUAUUCAGAAGAUCAAUUACCAACACAUCCAUGUUUGGAAUUAAUAGCUAAUUCAGAACAAAUACUUAGUAAUUAUACUAGUCGCAGAUUAUUAACUUAUAAGAAAGUAAAAGAUCCAAAAGAAUCAGAUGAAAUAAUUUCUACUAAUUUAAUCGAUUUCCGAGAAAAAUAUUUUGCACUACGAAAUGAAAGUAGAAGAGAAAAACGAAUGAAGAAAGCUGUAGAAAAAGCAAAAAAACGAGAAAUUUGGGAACAGAAUAAUAAAGAAAAUCCAAAAAGAUGACUAUAAUAUUAU